UGGACGAACUAACAAGGAAGUAAAAGUUACCUGACUAAGAUUUUACUUCCUACUUAAUCAAAACUUCAUGAUGGACGAGUACUAUGAUGACGAAAACGGUGACUCUAUAUAUGCAAACGAUCUGACAUCAGAGCUACUGAAUGUACAAGAGUUAUUGAAGAAUAAUUCGCUCGACGAACUUCUCAAAAUUGAUCGAGAUAACAUCCGAGAGAAGGAAAAAGAAAAACAGUGGUACCACGGAAGGAUAGCGCGAGAUGUCGCAGAGGAUAUCCUUAAGAAAGGACUUGUCAAGCAUGGAAACAUGGAUGGAUUGUUCCUGGUACGAGAGAGCUCCUUCUCUUCAUCUAGUUUUGUGCUGUCCUUAUAUAGUAAAGGAAUUUUUUUCCACUUUCAAAUCAAUGAGGUGAAAUCAGCACAUUUCAGCAUUGAUCAAGGCCCAACAGUCCAUGGACUGGAUAGAUUGAUACAGAACUAUCAGGAACAAGCACAGGGACUGCCUACACAUCUUACACUGUUCUGCAAAUGUAAACCCCCUCCUGAUGAACAAAGAUAUUCUGGUGUUACCAACCUCUUACAUAGAGCUGUUCUGGAAAAUAUUCCAGAGGUAGUGAAACAAAUUCUAGCCAGCAAGUAUUGUCCAUCAGUGAAUGCUAAGUCUGAAUGGGGUAUGACUGCCCUACAUGAUGCUUGUUACUAUGGUUUUGAGGAUGUGGCUGAUCUUCUCAUUAGAAAUGGGGCCAAUGUAAACUGCUUUGAUAAGGAUGGUCAGACACCAUUACAUAGAUGUUGUACAGGGAACAAAGCUGGGAUUAUAUCUAUAUUGAUACAAGAAGGAAACGCUAACGUGAACGAAAGGAACCCAAAGAGUGGCUGGAUACCAAUACAUCAGGCUGCAUACAAAGGAUACUUGGACUGUAUUAAGAUACUGCUAGAUUACCAUUCGCCGUACUUGCCCAGAGCUGAUGAUGAUACUACUCCGCUAGAUCUGGCAGAAAAUUAUGAGCAUGCAGACUGUGUUAAAGAAAUAGAGCAAUUUGAACAGCCAAAAGUGAUAACCCACAAAUAUGACUGGUUUCACCCUGAGAUAGACAGACAGGGUGGCCAGAAGUUGUUAGAAUUAAAAGGAUUACGUGAGGGGCUUUUUCUUGUAAGAAGUAGCAAGAAAAACCCAGAUUGGCACGUGCUUACACUAUGUCAUGAUCAAAAAGUUUUCAACUAUGAAAUCAAAACAAAGAAUUACCGAGAUCGGCAUAUGUACUUCAUAGACGAUGGACCAUUUUAUAAAUGUCUUGAACAUCUUAUACAGUACUACAGUUACCAUGCCAACGGUCUUCCAUGUGCCUUAUCAGUAUCUGUUAAUACAACUCGAGAGUUGGUACAAAUAUCCAAAGAUGAUGAGUACUUUAAUUUGGUGGAUACUGCACACAGAUUUCCUACAAAUGUAUCUCCAGCCUUGCCACCCCGCCCAGAGGAUCUGGACAUGACUUACAGUGAGAGUGACAACCCGCCAGUGUCAAAUGCUGCUCAUCAUCAUGCCCCCCUGCCCCCAUCCCCAACCCCACCAACAUCUAGUCCGCCACCACCACCUAACCAUCCACCUCCAAUCAGCAAACAGCACAGCAUUACAAAGAAACCAGAAGUAGAGCUGAGACAGAUAGACAGAAAACUGCUGUCCCUAGGCAAGGAGAUUGGACAGGGCGAGUUCGGUUCUGUAGUGAAAGGACAUUAUAAGAAAAAACCCACUGGUCGAGGAAAGACGGAGAAAAUUGACGUCGCUAUCAAAUUGUUUCAUAAAACGGCCAUUAAUAACCAGGAAGAUUUUCUAAAGGAAGCUAGAACCAUGCAGCAACUAGAACAUGACUGUAUCGUCAACUUUAUAGGAAUUGCAGAGUCAGAUAAUCAUGAAUUAAUGCUGGUAGAGGAAUAUAUCGCCAUGGGCUCCAUGCUGGAUUAUCUCAUAGACCACCGAGAAAACAUUAAGAAGACGGACCUGUAUCUAUGGGCAGCACAGAUAGCUUACGGAAUGAUGUACCUUGAACAACAAAAAAUGGUGCACAGAGAUUUAGCUGCUCGUAACAUACUGCUGCAGAGUAAAGAACGGGCAAAGAUAAGUGACUUUGGUUUAUCAAGAGCCGUUGGUUCUAACAGCGAUUACUAUAAAGCUACCACUGGUGGACGGUGGCCCAUUAAAUGGUAUGCUCCGGAAUGUGUGAACUACGGUCAUUUUUCACAUGCGAGUGAUGUAUGGAGUUUUGGUGUGACGUUAUGGGAGAUGUUCUCAUAUGGUGAACCUCCGUAUGGUGACAUGAAGGGAAUUGAGGUAAUAAAAUUCAUAGAAGAGGGCAAACGGCUUGCGAAACCAGAAAACUGCCCUGAAAUAGCCUACACACAGAUGAAGAAAUGUUGGAAUAAUGAACCUCGGGAUAGACCAACAUUUAAAGCAUUAAAUACGCACUUCCAAAGUGAGGAUGAAUAUGUCAGUACAAGGGACUUUAUGAAAACUAUCCGAAAAUAAUCUGUUAUACCAAAGAGAUAAAGAAUAUUUUACAAUAUGAAAAUUUACUGUAUAUAAAUCUGUUUUCAAUUUCUGUCAUUAUUUUGAAAUAUAUAUGGGUUUUUAUCCAUUCAUGAAACUUAACAACGUACUGUUUGAUUUGGUUGGUGUUGAGGAUAAGAUAUUUGAUCCAUCAAAUAUCUCAGAUAAUGGUGUUACCAUGACAACAGUCCAAUAAGUCAAAGUAAAAUUUGAAAUUGCGCUUAGACCUGCAAUGUUUUGAGCAGUGCCAUAAGAAAACCAACAUAGUGGCAUUGCAACCAGCAUGGAUCCGGACCAGCCUGCACAUCAGCGCAAUCUGGUCAGGAUCCAGGCUGUUCACUUUCAAAGCCUUUUGCAAGUAGAGAAACUGUUAUCGAACAGCAUGGAUCCUGACCAGACUGCACGGAUCCAUGCUGGUCGCAAAGCCACUAUGUUGGUUUUCCCAUGGUGUGGCUCAUUUAUUUUUCUUUUUGUUUAUGUAGUGAAGCUGUAAUAACAAUGGGCAAAUCGUGGGCUGAGCGCGAAACUAUUGUAACUGUAUAUAAAUAAAGAACAAGAUACAAUAGUUUCGCGCUCAGCCCUCGAAAUUACAUAUUCUGCCUUUGCAGUUUCGGCAAUUUCCGGUUUUAAAGAAAAGUUAUGACAGGGCCUCCUCUGCCAUUUGCAAAUGUAGUCAUAUGCUACAAAUACAAGUAACUGGCUACAGAUAUUUGAAAGUGGCUAUAAGAAUUUUAUUGAAAUGUGGCCAAAUAUCAGCAAUUCAGAUUCAAUUUGGCACUUUCUCUCAAAUAUUGGCUAUAAUUUUGAGCUGCCUUAGCUAAUUUACAUCCAAAAACAUGCCAAAUUGCUUAACAAGGAUACAUGAUAUUGUUGAAGUAGCCAAAUGUUAAUGGGGGUCCACUGCCUUUAACAAAAUUACUUUUACUAAACUAAGUUAUCAGACAGAACUGAAGGUUUAUCAUUUUUUCAUAUCUUUUAGUCUUAAAAGAUAAGGAGGAUUAUGAUAUAAUUCCAUUAUGGAUAUUACUUAACUUGAUUCAAGCUGUGUGAUAUAACUAAUUAAAGAUACCUUAUGAAAAUCCCCAUCAAAUAAUUAAAUUUACUAAUUAUAUAAAAAGACUGUGCAUGUAGAUUAAAUUUCAUACAGUGGCAGGCAUUUUUAGCUCGACUAUUCGAAGAAUAGUCUAGCUAUUCUACUCACCCUGGCGUCGGCGUCGGCGUCACACCUUGGUUAAGUUUUUGCAUGCAAGUACAUACGGCCAUCAAUUAAAGGCAUAUAGCUUUGAAACUUAUUUUUUCUUUUUCUAGGUCAAUUACCAACCUCUCUGGGUCAGGUCCCAUAACUCUGACAUGUAUUUUGAGCAAAUUAUGCCCCCUUUUGAACUUUGAAAAUUUUGGUUAAAGUUUUACAUGCAAGUUAUUAUCUCCAAAACUAAUGCAGAUAUUGAUUUGAAACUUCACAUGUGUCUUCGGGGUUAUAAAACUAGUUGAUAGCAGCAAGUCCCAUAACCCUGACCUUCAUUUUGGCCAAAUUAUGCCCCCUUUUGGACUUAGAAAAUUCUGGUUAAAGUUUUGCGUGCAAGUACAUACAGUUAUUACUAAAGGGCAUAUAGAUUUGAAACUUAUUUUUGCUUUUUCUAGAUCAAUUACUAACCUCACUGGAUCAAGUCCCAUAACUCUGGCAUGUAUUUUGGGCAAAUUAUGCCCCCUUUUGGACUUUGAAAAUUCUGGUUAAAGUUUUACAUGCAAGUUUCUAUCUUCAAAACUAAUGCAGAUAUUGAAUUGAAACUUCACAUGUGCCUUCGGAGUUAUAAAACUAGUUGAUAGCAGCAAGUUCCAUAACUGAUAUGCAUUUUGGUCAAAUUAUUCCCCCUUUUGAACUUGAAAUUCUUUUGAUAUUUAACCUUUUUGGGUAAUAUUUUCCUGCUUCUGGGACAAUAUUACGAAUAGUCGAGCUUGGCUGUCUUAUGGACAGCUCUUGUUUUUUUUAAAACUUCCAGUUUUUUAGUGGCAGUACACAUUUAUACUGUGUUAAGGCAUACAUAUAUACAGCGUGUACUAAAUUAAGCAUGAUGCAUAUUGUUCUUGAUACACAAAAACCUGUUAAUUUUAUGUGUUUUAAAACUAUAUAUAUUAUUUGUUCAUGUUUUCAAGUAUUAAAUUUGUGUAAUGUUUACCUUUAAAAAAAACAUUAUCUUUAACAAAAGAGGUAUUUGUAAGUUAAAAGAAGAAAAGAGACAGGACUAUUCAUUGAGACGUCAUUACACAGGUAUAUGAAUUAUGCCUUAAGAUAUUUUUUAAGUUAAAUCAAAAAUUUAAGGUGAGAAUAUUUAGUUAUGAUAAAGACUUACAAAAUGGGAUAUCCUAUCUCACACCAGUAAUUAGAUUCUUUGUCAGUCAGACAAACAUGUACGUAUAUUUUUUUAAUUAAAUAUCUUGUGUAUAAUAGCUGUUACAAGAAACACGUGUGUUUGAAGAAUGCAUGUCACUGCUGGCAAGGCAAUUUUUUCUGAAGCAGGAAAGUAUUUUUAAAUUCACCUAGAAAACUAGCAGAAGUAUUAAAGUUAACCAGAGUCAAAAGUUGUAAAACAAAACUUGAAGACCAGUCUCAGAACUCUAGCAUCUGAUUGGUCAGUGCUGAGCAAAAAUUUGAAAUUGACCGAUGGCACAGCUGCAUUCCUAGACUGGUCUUCAGGUUCUGUUUUAUAAUUUUAUUCCAAAUUCAUUUAUAACUUUUGAACUCCUGACACACAUUUAUCUCCACUCUGCCAUACCUUGUAGUAAUAAUAAGGUGUAAAAUUGCCAGCUUUACAAGAUGGCUGACAUUUUGUAGAAAUUUUCAUCUUUGACUUGUCUUUUUCUGCAACUUUGUUAUAAACUUCAUGAAUACAGAGAGAAAAACAUUUGCUAAGUUGACAUGUUUAAGAAUUAUAGUGGAAAAUCAGAUACAGAUAUAUGGUAAAUGUUUGCCGAGCUCUUGCCUAUGGAACAAGUUGAAGUAGUGGAUUCAUAAUGACACUUGGCAAAAUCCAUGCAAUUAAUAUUCUUCAUAAUGUUAUUUCGGCAUCCUUUGGCCAUAACAGAACAUUGUUGUUUUUU